UGUAGUGACCUUAGGGUCCAGACAAGGAGUAUCAUUUGCUGUUUUUUCAAUAAUAUAUUUUGUCCAUUGAUGCAUUCAUAUAGGAUUUCGGUAUAUAAAUUAAAAAUGACUGAUAUCAUUAAACCAAUUGCAAAAAGAAAUAAGUUUUCAACUUCAUUGAGUUGCCAAAGGCUUCGAAGUGUUCAAAAUUUGUUGAAAAACAAUGUGAAUUCGAAAGAAUCAGUGGAUGCAAUUCUUGUAGUUCUGGGUGUUGAUGGAAGAUUUAACGAGGGAUGUCGUGAACUUGCAAACUAUUUGACUUUUGGAUUUUUUUCAAAUCGACAAACUGAAUUAGAAAACUCGGGAUUAGAAGAAGAAGAUACUGAGGAUGUGAUCUUCUUCAUUCGACCUGAUUCUGUAUCAUUGUAUUGUGGUUCAUUGUUGUACAACUAUAUUCUACCUUAUGUUACACACUGGAAAAAUCUACAGAUUUAUUGCCGAUUACAAGAUGCAAAAAACAAAAUUCGGGACACUGACAUUGAAGAGAAUUACAAAGUGAAAAGCUUCAUUUCGAUGCUGAGGAAGAGCGAUACACUUGGCAUUUCAUACAGUGGAUCUGUUACUGCAAAUGAUACCAAUGGAAAUUGUGAGAUACCUGUCAAAAAAUGGCCUGUCAUGCAAUCAUAUGCCUCUGAAGAUAUUGGUGUUGGCAAAGAUUUUUCUUUUGAUCACAAAGUAAUAAAUAUGAGGAAGUUCCUGUUGCCUGUUUACAAUCAGUGUGAUCCAUUUGUGUUUGAAGACACAAUAUUCCGGUCUUUUGGAUUAUUUCAACGUCAUUGGUAUGAAGCUACAAAUGUGAUUCAGAAUGCCAUGAAAUGCAAAAUGAUUUUACAGUUGAAAGAAGAACAGGUUCUUGAACCCCUCCAAUGCUAUUUUAAACAUGGCCAAAUAGCUAAACAUGAAGAAAGGGCCAGUGUGGACCCUCCCCUUAAACCAUAUGUGAUGUUUGGAACACGCUCUCUGGGAUCAAGCAAGGAAUAUAAGGCAAUGGGCACAAAUAUUAAAUCUACAUCAAGAAAGGGGAAGUCUCUCCCAUACCAUAUGGUAAUGCAGUGCAUUGCCCCUAAUUGUCCUCUGGUGUGCACUCGAACAUACUUCUUUAAGAGUGGUAGCACUGGUGAGAAUGACAAGGAGUUUAAUGACCUUGUGAAUUUGUAUGCUGCAUGCGUUGGAGGUGCUUCCAUUGCUAUUUCUGAGUAUGUAUCAUCACUUGAUGCCCCAAAAGCGGAGAAAAAAGUCAUUGAGUAUUUACUUGCGAAGGGGGUUGCAGGAUCUUUGGUCUUUGAUGCGAAAUGCAAAAUUAUAUCAUGUGAUAAAACUGGCCAGGUACUUCGAAGCAAUGAAGGAAAAUCUUUCCAAAAUAUAAAUGUGAUUCGAGUUGCUCUUGAAAACAUAAAAACUUCACAUGUCGGUGAAGCAAUUGGUUCUAUUGUGUUUUGUGAUACUUUCAUCGUAUCAUCGCUUCGAGUUAUUGAUGGAGAACAAUCUUGUUUGAAUUCUGCUUUUAAUGUCUUGACAUCAGACAUUCCAUCUUACAAAGAAUGGCUGCUUGAGACUGUCAAAUCUGACUACAAGUUUGAUGGACAGGAGUCAUUAGCUUACUGCAAAGAUUUGGUGGUGUGCUCCAAGUCACUGAUGUAUUCUCCUUGUAAAGCUAAUGUUCGGUUUAAUGAAGAUGGAAGUGUUUAUCUGAAUGCUGCAAACAUGGAAGAUCUCUUACUACAAACUGGGAUUCAAUAUUAUGAUAGCAAUUCCCCUGGUAAAGUCUGUAUUCUUGUGAUAAAUUUUGAUUUGCCAGAAAAUAGGACAUUCUGGACAAGAAUACCAGCACAAUGCAGAGGAGAAAUCAAUACAAUGGCAGAUGUUUCACUGACUCAGGCGAGUAAAUGUCUAAUUUUGGCCCUCAUGCCAGGUACACCAGCCUAUAAAGAGUUUUACGCAUGUGUUGUGCAUGCUUCUGUGUCAGAUGGAAUAUUGAAACACAUGAAGUCGUUGUCAUCUGAUCUUGACCAAAUGUAUAAAAUUAUUCAAAAUGUUCAUGAAAAGCAUCUUGAUGUAACCAAAGAAACGUUCCAGAAAUCUGCUAUAUCUGCAAAUACUACUGUAAAAGAAUUUGUUUCUCAUUUGACAGUAGCAUCUGUUGCGGGAGGUUUACCAAUACCACGACCAACCAUGUCUAUCCUUUUCGGAAACAAUUCUGUUUCUAAUGAAGUAAAUGGUAAAAUGGAGGAUGAAAAGUCUGUAACAUUGAUUGCUGGAUUGCCAUCUUCAGGGGCUGAAAAUAUUAGCCGACAACUAGUGACUUUGAACAAAGAAAAAGUCAGAUGGGUUGUUAUUAGACCAGUUAAUAACACAUCACAGACACUCUUUAUGUUACACAGGGAAAAUUUAGUGGAACAACUCACUCAGGCUAUUGGACGUAAACAUGUAGCAAGACCAAGUGCUGCAGCCAGGAAAAAGCUGAGAAUUGUCGUAUUGGCGGUUGGAUUUUUUGACUUGUGUGAGAUCGUUCAAUGCAUAACCUAUCAUCCUGAUAUAUCUAUUCGUGAGCAGAUGAAACUUGGAGCCGUGACAACUUGUAUUUGGCCCAAAUCUAUCAAUUUCACAGAACGACAAAAUUACCCAAAGUUCUUUGAUCAGUGCUUACUUGGAGUAGUAAGCAAUUUUGCUUUUUUUACUCCAUCAAUUGAGGCCGCUGAAAUCAAUGAUAAAAAUACAACAUUGGUGCAAGCACUUCUUCGCAGCAUGAACAAACAAGCUGCAUUUCUUAUAUGUCCUGGUGGUAAAUUGAUAAGAAAGAGUGAUUUUGAACUCAUCUUGGCUGAAGACAGUUUCAUGAGUGCAAGGAUGCAGAAGGAACGCUUUAUGCUCAGACCAGCAUUGUCAUUAGGAAGAUAUGAAUCAAAAUUGAGUUAUCCUUCCGUUUCCAAAGUUGUCCUUGAAUUUUCUCAACCACUCAUAAAAGGGACAUUUUGCGCUCGUUCAAGAGGCCUUAAAACCUCCUUGGCAUUGCAGCAACCUACUGGGGGGGUAUGUUUUGUAAGUGGUUGUGUAGCAUUUACAGAUUCACCAAAUCAAGAUUUUGAAGUCAGCUUUGCUUCUGCUAUGAAUGAAGUUUCUCUGAAUGCUAAAAUUGAGCAACCAACACUUCCCACCCCACCAUCUUCAAAGAACAGUACUUCAAAAUCAAAGUCUUAUUAUCUGGAAUUUCAAGGCAUGGAUUUGAACAAGGAUGCACUAAUGGAUUGGCUACGGAAGUGUGGGAGGCAGAAACCAAGUAAGAAAUGUCACAAGACAAAACAGCAUCUAACGAAAGACGAAAUUCAGAUGAUUCAUGAAGAAAAUUCCACCCGACGUCUUCCUGAAGGAUUUUUUUACAACGGCUCAUUCUAUGUUAGUUUGUUUGACAACAACAAAAUGAUGCAUCAUCCCAAUAUGUCAAAAUUUGUUGAUGAGUAUCUCAGAGAUGAAAACAUAGAAAUUGAUGCAUACAAUGCUGAAAUUGACAAACAGAAUAUCAAGGAUGUUUUUGAAGUGUAACAUUACAUUUAUUCACCUGACUGGCUCCCAUCUGAUAAAACAUGUUUUUUUGAUGCUAUUUGAGUUCCUGAAAUAGUCAUAUGAGACUGUUUAUUUUGCAUGCUGGAGUUAACUUGAAUAUUUUCUCAUUAUCAUUAAGACUGAAAGUUUUUUAUGUCCAAUAUCUUGUGAAUGUGAUAAAAGUAGUUUACUAAGGCACAAUGUAGGCCACUGGUAACAACUCAAUUACCCGAAUUUUAGAGAAAUUAAGGGUCGCUAUGAAGUUGAAUCAGUUUGGCAAUUCACCAACAUACCGUAGUGAGAAACAUUUUCAUGCUUUCAGUAGGUUUUUAUCAGUCCUAUAAAAGUUUUAUGAGAACAAUAGUUGAUAAUAGUGCACCAUUUAAUUACUGUAUAUUAUUCUUACCUAUAAUGAGUGUUUUUCAAAUCUGUCAUUCAUGAUGCACUGUAAUUUUAUGGAUGUAUUUCAUUGUGCAUAUCAGUAGUAUUCUUAGUUUAUUGCAGACAAUGUGUAGUUAAAAAUGCUUGCUACUUUUCCAUAUGAAUUUAUAUUGUACCUAUCAUAUUAAUCCACCAGAAAUAGCAUACGGUACCUAAAUACGUAGUUCUACUUUAGUUGAAUAUGAACAGAACAGACAUUUCUGAAUUUCCUAUUGAUUAACAUCCCUAUCUAGACAUUGUUAACUGUUCCAAAUUGUUUGAUAAACUUUUUAAUAUAUUUUCACUGUUAAUUUGGUUUUUUGUAUGGUUU